UGGGCGUGGCUAUAUCUCUUUGAAGUAGCUUGUUUACAAUCGGCUACAAAUUACGCAUUGGAUAGAAUGUCUCCGGGCACUUCUCGAAUGUACUCCUUAACCCGAGAUAUGUAAACAACACGUCAUAGGUCCUUCUGGAAGCGUCUUACGCUACAUGUAUAUAAAGGAUUGACAGGUACGAAGGGACGGAGAUUUUAGAUAGAUUUUCUUAACAUUACGAGGCGUGUUUUAUUCUUUGUGUAUUUGUGUGCUCAUAUGUGUUUAUUUCGCAUUAUUUAUUGGCAUCAUUAUUUCUAACUGUAUUAACUGUGUACCGGUACGAGAUCUACCAUACCGUAAGUUGAAGAUUGUCAUUAUAUUUUCUUUUCUUUUGUAAUUAUUUUAAGCCUUAAUAAAUCUUAUUAAUUGUAACUAGAAACUGUUUUGGGUCGUAUCUUUAAUAUUGUUGAUUAUAUGGUAUCGUCCUUUGUUAGGCACUGUUUACAACGAGCCAAUUAAAAUUAAAAUAGGAGAUUAAUUUCUUCCAAUAAAAGUCAGUGCGUAACAAUUAAGUAAAAAAUUAAAAAAAAAACCGUUUAACUAUUCCACUGGCUAGUGUUUGGUUUCAUUAGAAUAUAGCUGUUUAACUAUUCCACUGGCUAGUGUUUGGUUUUAUUAGAAUAUAGCUGUUUAACUAUUCUACUGGCUAGUGUUUGGUUUUAUUAGAAUAUAGCUGUUUAACUAUUCCACUGGCUAGUGUUUGGUUUUAUUAGAAUAUAGCUGUUUAACUAUUCUACUGGCUAGUGUUUGGUUUUAUUAGAAUAUAGCUGUUUAACUAUUCCACUGGCUAGUGUUUGGUUUUAUUAGAAUAUAGCUGUUUAACUAUUCUACUGGCUAGUGUUUGGUUUUAUUAGAAUAUAGCUGUUUAACUAUUCCACUGGCUAGUGUUUGGUUUUAUUAGAAUAUAGCUGUUUAACUAUUCUACUGGCUAGUGUUUGGUUUUAUUAGAAUAUAGCUGUUNCACUUGACUUUCCCCGGGGGGCCCUGCCCCCCCCCCCCGAGAUAUAGCUGAAAGAAACCCUGCCUGUAUCUAUUUAAGUUAUUUAAUUAGAACUUUCAAAUUGCUUUUGCAAAUACUCAGAAAGUCAUGAAAAACAAACCCAUUUUCCCCCAAGUGUUGUCAAUAUAUUGAUCCAAAAAAUUUUCCGAAGCACAACGAUACACAAUAUGUAAGGGUACAAGCAACAACAACAAUAUUGUAGAAUACCUUUUUAAUUUUGUGUGUGUGUGGUAAAAACAACAACGUAAGGUAGAUACAUAAUCUCUAGGUCAAAUGAGCCCAAAAUAUAAAGUAUGUUAUUGUGUCACCUUAAAAGGCAAAUAUGGAAUUAACAUUUCAUUUAACAAGAAUUUUUAUCAAAAAUUUUUCCCCCCCCCCCCCCCCACCCUCUUAUUCGAAAAUAAAAAUCUUAGAUUUUUUUUCAAAUCAUAGAAACUUAAUAAAUUUGGAUAUCUAAAUAAAUGUUUACAAUAUACUGUUGAAAAUGUCAUUUUUUUUUUUUAACGGGAAAGACGCAGAUAAUGGCUAAGAAAUAAAAAAAAAUGAUAAGGGAUUUCCACAAACAAAAAAAAAAAUUUAAAAAUAAAAUAAAAUUCUAAGAUUUUAAAAUUCUUAUUAGAUAUUUGUUUUUUUAAAUUUGGGGAAAUCUAAAAUUUAAAAUUCGGAAGUGAAAAAGAAAUUAGAUCUAAUCAUUUUCAGACAAUAGAUUUGUAAAAUGUAGACUGAUUUUGUAAAACAUAUUAAAAUGUAGAAAAUUGAUUGUAUUAAGAUUUUUAUUCGAUGCCAUGUCAGAUUAAAUCAAGGUUUUUGUUCACAAAAUACAAAUCAUGCCGUGGACCUGGGAUGGCCAAAGUGCGACCCACGCGCGCGAAUGCGAGCACCAAUAUGUUUAAUGCGUGCGGCCUGUAAGACAUUCUGGGAAUUGCAUUGUUAUUAUUUUUUAUUAUAUAUGCAAAUUUUAAAAUGAUUUUUUUUAGAAACCUUGAAAAUCAAUAAUUGCAGUUCAAUACUGUCAAACUGUAACAAUAAUAAUCAUGAGAAAUAAAAAAAAAAAAUUAUAUUGCUGAUUUUCCAAAUAACCUGAGAGGGAUUUGUCGAAACCCAUCCUCCGUUGACGAAUUUUCCUCGGGCCGAUCUAGAAAUACUAAAACCGUCGCAAUUUUGAAGGAAACGAGUCCCUAAUUCGUUCGUUUUCGACAUUAUAAUAAUGGGGUUUUCCAAUACCAUGUUUUUUAUAUUUAUAUCAAUAUCGAUUUUUUUUUUUUUUUUAAAGUUUACCCAGCACUCAAUUUUUAUUUUUUAAAAAUCUCUGGGAUAUGUUUUAAGGAAACGAAUACCUAAUUCGUUCGUUUUCGACAUUAUAAUAAUGGGGUUUUCCAAUACCAUGUUUUUUAUAUUUAUAUCAAUAUCGAUUUUUUUUUUUUUUUUAAAGUUUACCCAGCACUCAAUUUUUAUUUGUUAAAAAUCUCCGGGAUAUGUUUUUGAAAGGAUAAUAUUUAAAAUUGACAUUGCUAAUUGUUUCACAGUUCUGAGAUUACGAAUUAAGCCAAAUUAAUUGCUAUAUUUAUUUGACUCCUACAUAACGGAGAAAAAGGGGGGGGGGGGGUCGGGUUUUGAAUCUUCUAUUCUAAAAAUACGGAAACAGUGGUUAGCCUCUUCUUGGUAUAGAGAAGAGGGUUAUUUCUCCGUGACAUAUCGACAAACCUGGUUUCAAAGAAUCAUAAACUUGUUUUAGCUUUCAUUGGUCAAAAAAUAAAUAUUUUAAAGUUUGAUAUCCCAUUUAAGAGCCAUUUCUUAAUUGACAAAUUGGGUUACGUGCCGGAAGUAAGCAAUCACGUUUAAAAAAAAAAAUCAGAUUUUUUAACUUCUUAUUCUAAAAAUACGGAAACAGGUGGGUUAGUGUAUUUUUAAAAUAGAUCCAGAAUUCCCAGAAAAAUAAUCUGAACAAGCCAAGAUUUCCAGUAAUAUUAAAAGCGUUUGACUAUGACUUCUAAAAAUAGAAAACGGCAUUUCUAAGUAGCGAUAUAACACGAGUCCAAAAUAAAGGGCCGCGCCCAUUGGCUCGACAAGUGUGAUGCAACUGUGGCACAGUAGUUAGCUAUAGGAAUAAGCGAUACAUGCUAUAUGUGGCACUGCUGUAUGUAACCCCCACUGCAAUUAAAACUAGCACAACGCUGUGUGCUGGGCCUUAAACUCUAGUUUAGUCACCCAGGCACGCAGUGAUCCCCCCUGACGUGAUCAACACGUGACGGUGAUGUCAUUAUUGUCAUAUGUUUGCUAUAUACGGCAGGUUCGAUCAUAUCCGCUCAUUUUGAAUUGAUUGGGAGGAUUUCUAUACGAUCGAUUUCUGAAUACCGUAUUGUUCCGAAUAAAGGGCACUCCUGAUUUUACGCCACACCCUUUUCCAUGUUGUUCACAUUUUUUUUUAAAAUUUUAAUACCGGUGUUUUUAUUAUAGUAUUUUUGGCAACAUCCCUAGAUCAAAGAAAAAAAAAUUGGGGGGUUGGGGGGGGGGGGCGCCGGAAAUUACGACCUAUAUUAAUAACAACAUGUAAUAUAUUGAAAUUUUCUAUUAAAAUAAAGACACUAUUUUAAAAAAGUUCUUUCUAUGAAUCAAGUAUUGGCAAAGUGUUUUCAAUAUCUAUUUCUUCACAAAAAUGAUAUCGACUAUCGACACAUCAUUUUUUUUUUUAACCAGCAUCUCGUCUACUGCUCUCCGAGUAAGUUUUAGUGUAGAAUAAUGCAAACCUAAAUUCAGGUAUGAACCAAAAAUGCCCCCCAUGCAUACUGAAUCUAUCAAAAACAUUUGAGCGAUGGGCUAAAUGAGCCCCAAACUUGUCCCAGCACAUUAGCGUCCUCGAUUACCGCCCCCCCCACCCCUUUUUCCUCGGCGAUGAUCAGUGUGAGAGCAGUGGCUAAAAUAAUAGUUUGAUGCGUUUCUCUACCACAGUUAAUUAAUGUGGUUGUAUAAGGCAGCGGGGGAAAUAGUGGCUAGUUUUCACACUGAUAGAUAAUAAUAAUAAUAAAGUUCAUUAAAAAAAAACACGCUUCAUCCCCAAAGGCUCGAAGCGCGGUACAAAGUCAACAAAAAAAAACAUAUCUAUAAUUCACCACAUUUAAAACAAACACAACACUACAAAAACUAAUUACAAGCAUACAAUAUCAAAGUCUUUCUAGCCAUUUCAACCCGGAGCAACACAGCAACACAUGGAAAAUAAGGUAGACAAUCAUCCCAGAAGGUAUUUGCGAAAUAGAUGUGUCUUUUUGUGUCUUUAGAUCUGUUUUAAAGGACUCCAGUGUCUGGUUGUUUCUAAGAUCGACAGGAAGGGCGUUCCAAAUUGUUGGACCAGCAAAUGCGAAAGUGCGCUUUCCGUAAGUCUCAAGGCAAACACCUUGACCCGUAAGCCCAGUCCUCACCCCACUUCGAAUGCCUGAAAUGUUCCUUCAAGGAAGAUUUCGCAUUUAAGCAUACGCCCUUAGCACCCCUCCCCCAAAAACCCCCCUUUUCUCCCUCGACCAUCCCCCUCCCUUUAUUAAUUGUGGGCAAUAAAUGUUUGUUCUCGUUUUAAAUCUCUUUCCAAACCAAGAGAUUUUUAAAUUAAAUUCUUAUUCGAUCAAAUUCAUCAAUCGAAGAGCCAGUAUUUCUUCUUCUAUAUCUUAAGGGCCUACGAUCAAUUUAUUAAUCAUUUUGGCUCCUAUGCAUGUAGAUGGGAUUUGCAAUGUUUAUGUGCCUGGUGUUGAUGAGGACAUUUCACUGAUUUCCAGUGACACUUUGUGAGGGAAUCAUGCACUAGGGAAUCACCCACUGUUAGUUAUCAUGUCACUGAUAUUUUCAUGUUUAAUUUGUUUACAGUUAGUUCAAUGUCUUGUCUUGAAAUCUGGAUUCCUUUAAAAUUAUCAUGCCGCAAAACAAACAAAAAAACAACAAAAAACAAAAAAGAAUUAAUUAAAUCCAUGCGGCUCUCGGAGCACAAAGUGUUCCAAUUCCUGCUGUAGACUUUAGACGGCAGAAAGAGGUGACAGAGGGGUUGUAUCGUUAACUUGUAAAACAUUGACUUAGCAGGUUUUUCAAGUCGUGACCUCCUGAAUUAUCCAACAAUGAUUUUUAUCUGGCUCCCUGGAAUAGAUUAGUAAUGGGUUCUUUUUUUAAACAAAAUCGGUUUAAACUUCAAGAGUUGAUGAUGUCAUCUUGGCUGUUGCGGUGGUGAUUUAAAAUUAAUCCAAACAUCUUUGGAACCAUUCAGCUUUAUCUAUGUAGAAGUGUUUUCUGUUAUGCUCUGUAAAUUCCCUUUCAUUUUAUUUGUGAAUUGGUCCUGGAAGUUUUUUCUUUAAAAAAAUGCUUAAAAUAACUAUAAAACUAUAUUAUGUUUACAGCAUUUAUUUUUUUUUUAAAAGGAACACUCACAAGGGACAGCUAAAAAUAAUCUUAAAGCCUAUCUCAAUUAAUAAUCUUGAUGUUUAUUUAAUGAAUUAAUAACUUCAAAAAAAAAAAAUUUAAAUGUAGGCUUUUAAAAAAGUCUAUGAUUAAAAUAAUAGUUGCAAGGGGAUUUCUUGUCACACUGUGGUAACAAGCCCCAACGAAACUUGUGACAAGAAACUCCAUCAUGGAUUAUCCCCCGAUGACUUUAUUUUAUUUCGAAACAUCACUGUUGAAGAAACUAACUGAAAAGGUUAUAAAUCGAAACUGAACCAGAGUGACUACUGCAUGGGCAAAAGAAACAUUCUUUAUAUUUAUAGUAUUAACUUAAGGAAAUUAAACAAUAAAAGUAGUCGAACAAUCUACUUACCAUGGUCAAAAAACAUACAAUUCGCUAUCUUUGUUUCUUGACACGCUCAAACGGUUCGAAUUUAGGCAAUAUAUAUAUAUACAUAAUGUAUAUAUAAUAGGUGUUUUAAAAGGGGGGUGGGGUGGGGGUUGGACACCUUGUCAUUGUGCGUUUAUUCUGUGCGUGCAACUGUUUCGUGGCUACCCCGCUCUCCCCUACUUAUUCAAUGAACCUUUUCUUCAACAGGUUUGAUUUCACACGAAUUGUUAUUUACCACUAAGCACGACCAUCGCGUUGUCCAGAACUAUGCCUAGCAUUCUCGCAAGCUUUGUUGCACUUUGUUGUGCAGUAGUUCUGCUUCUUCCAAGUGAGUCCCUUUAGUUUCUUUUACGAAUACCCUGUACCACUAUGUUUUUUUGUGUUUCUUCACUUUCGCCUGCUCCGUGGCGCCGUAUUUCAUGUACCAAUCCACCCAACAAAAGGUGUUGGGAUUAAGUUUUAGUCAGGAAUAACGGAGAUUUUUUCAAAUAAAUUUUUUGUGUGUUAAUGGUGGAAGCCCAUUCUAAAUAAGACAAACAGCCAUACUACCUGACUCUGAAGACUUAAAAACAACAUGGUUUGGGGUUAAAACAGUUGCUUACUCGAAUAUGGAUGUAAAAAAUGUGUGUUCCCUCCAGCAACCUCUUGACAAUAAAUAAGAUGAGUGACAGACUUCUAGUGCCCACAGAUUUCACAUAAAUUCGAGUAGGAAUUUUCAACAAAAAACACAGACUUUUUACACAUGAUACGAAUGCAAUUCUCAUUUUUAUAAUAUAAAUAAUUAAAAAGAGGUGUAUAUGUAAUAGAAAAAAAAAACAACAUUCCAUUGAAGCCCUUCCCAACACACCUUUGAAGUAUGGGUAGAUAGAGGAAGUAUCUGACUGGACGCAGGAUGGAUUGAUGUUCCCACUUAAUCGGAAUGUUGAGUAGGUCUUUUGCGACUGAUUGAUAAUGAAACAUUACUUCAUUAGGCUGUUCGUUGACAUGCUGUUGUGUAGAUUUAUACAUCCAUUAAGGAUAAUUAUUUUAACAUAUCAAUUUUAAAAAUUAUUUAACAUGUAUGGCAAAUGGCAUGGAUUGAAAGACGUUUAACCUAGCGCAUAGGAUAUUUAGGCCCCGAGCUAAUCCAAAUUGUGGGUCCCCCAAAAUUUCAAAAUUAGGAAAAAAAAUGUUCUCUCUUUGAGGGCCCCCAUGUGGUCAGGGCCCCGAGUGCUUUAGUCGGUUGUCUCGGCCUCUGCACGGCCCCGGCUCAGUGUAUAAAUAUAAAAUUUAAAAGUUAUUGCGGUUGUCUUUCAAAGAGUUAACAGUUUCAACUCAUCAAACUUGCUAUUAAAAAAAAUGUGUUGUGUAGCUAAGUUCCUAAGUGGGCGAAUGCGUAGUGGUGAAUGCCCCUAAAUAACAGCUAAUUUGUGUAACUAAGUUCCUAAGUGGGCGAAUGCGUAGUGGUGAAUGCCCCUAAAUAACAGCUAAUUUGUGUAGCUAAGUUCCUAAGUGGGCGAAUGCGUAGUGGUGAAUGCCCCUAAAUAACAGCUAAUUUGUGUAGCUAAGUUCCUAAGUGGGCGAAUGCGUAGUGGUGAAUGCCCCUAAAUAACAACGAAAUUCUGUGGCUGUGUUCCUACGUGGGCUAGUGGGCAGUGCUGCAUGCAGCCAAAACAAAGGAUUAACAUUUUUUUAAAAGAAACUUCAACGCUUCCAAGGCCAUACGUAAUGAUAUAUCAAUAUUUUUAGGGAACAUAUUAAUUUUGAGGCAACUUACCAUCCUCCCUUCAAAUAGCGCACUAACUCAUAAAUUAAUAACGUAAAAUACAUGGAGCAGUGGCGUAGCUAGGGUUAGUGCCACCCUGGGUAGGCCAAGAUGUUUCCCGGACAUACGGAAAGAACUCUGCCGUUGGCCCAAAAUGCCACCCCCAAAUAUUUAGAAAAAAGUGCCGCUCAGAGCCGACACCCCCCACCCCCUCUGCACCCCCUUCCAGUGACUUGGGGUUAGUUUGACAUGAAGAAAUUGAUGGUCUCAUUUAGUAUAUCUGACUCACGUUCAGUAGUUUAUUGUAUUCUUUAUUAUCUCCAGAAUCAAGCACGACAACGGUGGCCCCUAUCCAGCCAGUGCAGAACUACGCGAACAGUACAGUAAAUGAAACAACGGAAGACCUGAUUCUUGUGCGGAAUGACACGGGCGGAACGACUCAUAAGUAUCCAGACAUACCCGGGAUCCCCGCGGAAGUCGCAGGAAAUGGCUCAGCAUCUGCCCCGCGGACAUGCAUAAUUGCCAUGGUCUUAUUAUUUUUCCAAUACGUUAUUAUUACGGAGAUCGAUUAUCUCUUUUCACUGUGGCCCCUUUAAAUUUUGAAUUGGCGGAUGUUAAAUUAUUUGAAAUGAUCUCACAGUGAGCUGUUCAAUAUUCAAAAGACUUGGUGAACUGAAAAAGUAAAGGAAAAAAAAAAAAAAAAAAAAAAAAAAAAAAACAGAACCAAAAAAAAAAAAAAAAAAAAAAAAAUAAAAAAAAUAAGAAAAAAAAAAAAAAAAAAAAAAAAAAAAAAAAAAAAAAAAAAAAAAAAUCGGAACGAAGACAUCAAUAAUACGAAUAGAAAGUUUUCUUUACGAGAAAAGAGACACACACUUCUCCCUACGUCCAUUGGUAUUUUUUCAUGACAAAGGAAUGCCACUUUGGCUCUGUCAAUAUAAUAUAAGUAUACAAACUCACGGUAAUACGUCUCAAAUACUUAGAAUUCUAUUUGACAAUAAAUAUUUAUGUUAUGGGGACCGGUGAAGGUACACGGACCGCCAUUUAUGGACCACUGCUGUAAGGGGCGCCUUGUUAUGAAGGGAAGCACACUACUGAAGUUUUCUAUUUCUUGCAUUUGUCACACAGUCCAUACCUCAUAAUUGAAUAUACAUAUAAAGACUUAAUCUUCAGGAAAUCCAAUCCAUUCGUAUUGCGAGGCGCCAUCCUUAUUUUCCACAGUACGUCUGUGUUCAGAAACGAUUUGCUGGAAUACAUUACAUGAAUGUGAUUUUCAUGGAGAUUUUAAGAAAAAAAUAUAUUGAUAAGUUAUUUCCCCUUGCUUUCUUUAGAAUAUUUGGAAAUAAAUUAAUUCAUUUCAAAUUUAAUUAUGAUAUACGUUACAUUUAUGGUUUUUAAGAUGAAGUUAAAAAAAAACUUUUAAAAACAGUUUAAAUCAGUGGCGUACCUGGGUGGGCUGAAGAAGGUGACACUUUAGGCGUUUACGCAAUAAAUUAAAAUAAAUAUUGUAGGUUCUGUGUGUUUUAAGGUCUACUUUGGGGGCUUAGCACGGGGCGGAAAUGUAGUCAAGGUACGCCAUUCGUGGAACUACAUUAUAUCUAUUGUUUUUAAAUGAUGCAAGAUUGUCUUAAUACGCAUAUUAAUAUGUGUAUGUGUUUUAGAGUGUGUACGUGUAUUAGUAUAUGUAUUCGCAAUGUUAUGGAAUGAAUUCCCCCUUUUAGUGAUGUCAAUUUAUGGUUGUCUAAUGCUGAAAUAUAUUUUGAAAAUAUAUUAUAUCAUGACCAAAACUUCAUAAAGUUUCCAAGAAGUUGAAGGACACUAAACAUUAGAAAAAGGAAAAAUAAAUUGCAGCACAUCCAAACACAUGGACAGGACAGUAGUGUUUAUUACGGGCACCCCAUUUCACCAUGCAUAUAAAGCAGAGGGCUAAGCCCCUACGACAACCCACCAACACACCUUUGACAAAAACUCCAACAAAAAACACCACUGCACAAUAGAAAAUUUUAUGGAGGCUGCAAAGAGCAAUUACGUGGGUUUUUGGGGUUUUUUUGGGGAUUUUUGGGUGUUUUUGGGGUUUUUUUUGUUGUUUUUUGGGGGUUUUUUUUGGGUUUUUUGGG